ACGAAGAGGGGAAGAGGCCGCACUGAAUGUCAUGAAUUGGCUUACAAGUGCAGAGGAGUACAUUGGAGAGAUGGAGAAGUUAGGAGAUGACGAAGACAAAGCAAAGAAGAAGUGCUUCGCUGGGUUGUGUCCUAAUCCCAGGGCCCGUUACCAAAUUAGCAAGAAAGUAGAGGAGUAUUUGGAGGCUGUUGCUCCACUUCUAGAAGAAGCUGCCGGAUUCAAGUUCCCAAUUUCCAUCCGUCCUCCUCCAAAAGAGAUAUUCACUGCAUUAGCUGAAGGUUUUGAGCAAUUUGACUCAAGAAUGCCAACUUUGAACCGUGUUAUGGAGGCCUUGAGAAGUGCUAGUGUUGACAAGAUAGGCAUCCAUGGGCUGCCUGGGGUGGGCAAGACCAUGUUAGCCAAAGAGGUUGCUAGACAAGCCAAGGAUGUGCGGUUAUUUGAUGUGAUAGUUAUGGCUUCUGUGAAAAAGGAACCAGACUUGAAGAAAAUUCAAGGAGAAAUUGCAGAUCAAUUACAUCUAGAGCUCUGUGGGGAGACUGAAUUUGGGAGGGCCUAUCAGAUAAAGGAGUAUUUGAGGAAAAAGAAGAUUCUUGUGAUUUUAGAUGAUAUCUGGGCGAGGCUAGAUUUGGGUGAACUUGGAAUUCCAUUUGAAAAUAAGAAGAAUGAGGCCAGUUCAACUGAAGAACAGAUGCAAUGCAAAAUUCUCCUCACAUCUAGAGAUCUCAAUGUUUUAUCAUGCAUGGGUACUCGUGAAAACAUCCAAGUUGGUACGUUACAAGCUGAAGAAGCAUGGACGCUUCUGAAGAGGAUCGUUGGUGAUGAAGUUGAAAACUCUGAGUUACUGCCUACGGCAACAGAGAUAGUGGGAAAAUGUGCUGGGCUGCCACUGGCUGUUGGAGCAGUAGCAAAAGCUUUGAAAGGUAAGGAUGCUCAUGUAUGGAGGGAUGCUCUAGUACAACUGAAAAGGCCCUGUCAAGAGCGUUCCACGGCGAUACCUGCAAAUGUUUAUCUAGCAAUAGAAUUGAGUUACAACCAUUUAGAAGGAGAAGAGCUCCAGCAAACUUUCUUGCUUUGUUGCUUGUUGGGACACAAUUCUUCUAUUGAAGACCUGCUAAGUUAUGGAAUCGGCUUAGGCUUAUUCCCUAAUGUCAAGACAACAGGAGAGGCUCGAGACAGAGUACUAACAUUGGUUAGUAAUCUAAAGUCCUCUUCUUUGCUGCUUGAUGGUCCUAGCAAUGGUUGGUUUGAUAUGCAUGAUAUUGUACGUGAUGUUGCCAUAUCAAUUGCCUUAAGGGACCACCAUCUGUUAUCAUUAAUAGAAGACCAUAUACCAAAAGAGUUGUCAGAUAGGGAGGCAUUGGAAGAUUUCAAAUGGAUUUGUCUACAAUAUACUAAUAUUAGGGAUCUUCCUGAUGAGUUGGAAUGUCCACAGCUUAUCUUGUUUUUUUUGCGCGGCAACAAUUCUUCUAUGAAAAUUCCAGAAAACUUUUUUCGGGGAACACAAAAACUCAGAGUCUUGGAUUUCACUAAUAUGCAUUUCUCAUCCUUGCCUUCAUCAACCUUCCUCCUAAAAAACCUUCAUACCUUACAUGUGAAUGGAGGUGUUUUAGAAGACAUGGCUAUUAUUGGCAAGCUGACGAGUUUGGAAGUCCUUAGCCUUUCACGAUCAGAUAUUGUAGAGGUACCGGUAGAAAUUGGACAGCUAACGCAGCUAAAGAUCUUAGAUUUGAAUGAUUGUACUAAACUCAAAAUGAUUCAGCCACAUGUCUUAGCGAGUUUGUCCAAACUAGAAGAGCUAUAUCUGAGAAAUAGCUUCGAUCAAUGGGAUGUUGGGGAAGGAGGAAAUCAAAGAAAUGCUAGCCUUGCUGAGUUGAAAGAUUUGCGUAACCUGGCUGCUUUAGAUGUACAUGUAUGUGAUGUCCAGCAAAUUCUAAAAGUUGGCUUGUUAUUUGAGAGAUUGAAAAUAUACAAGAUCUUCAUUGGAGAGGUGUGGAAUCACUACGAUUACUGCCGUUGUUCCUUCAAAAGCUCAAAAAUAUUGAAGCUGGAGCUGAAUACAAGCAUUAGUUAUAGUCAUUCAAUUUUCAUGCUGUUGAAGAAAACAGAACAACUACAUUUAGAGGUGUUGAAAGGUUUCAAGAAUGUAGUUCAUGAGUUAGAAGCUGCAGGUUUUCAGGAACUGAAGUAUCUUCAUGUCAAAAAUGCUCCAGAGGUUGAACAUAUUGUCAACUCAUCAGUGGGGUCUGUAUUUCCAUUCUUGGAAGAACUUUUUCUGCAGAAUUUGGAGAAUUUGGCGGAGAUAUGUCAUUCCCGACAACUUCACGAACUCAAAGAAAUUAGAGUGACGCAGUGUAGCAAUAUGACACAGAUUGUUGAUGAGGAGUUGCAAGCGGUGAUGGAAAUAGCAGAAGCAAGUGAACCUUUUAAGCUUGUCCAACUACGGUCCUUGCAAUUGCAAUAUUUACCGAAGUUCAUUAGGCUAUGCCGUGGAAAUGACGAAACAAAUGAUCCAAGCUCCAACUGGGCAUCCCUUUUCGAUGAAAAGAUUGUCUUUCCAAACCUGGAGGAGUUACAAUUGUCCUGUAUUAACAUUAAGAGUAUAUGGGGCAGCCACCUUUCAACUGCAUCUUCUUGCAUUCAGAUUCUGACAAAAUUGAUCAUUGAGGGCUGUGAUCAUUUGGAACACCUAUUGUCAUCCUCCAUGGCUAAAAGUCUUGUGAAGCUUAGAUGCCUUGAAAUAAAGAAAUGCAAGGAGAUAAGGGAGAUAAUUGAACCAGAGAAUGCAGAGGAUAUGGAGGAUAAGAUUUCGUUCCCAAUGUUAGAAAUCCUAAAGAUAGAACAUCUUGAAAAGCUUACUGGAUUCUGCUCCGGAAAUUGUAGUGUUGAAUUCCCAGCCUUAAAGCAAUUAUUUAUCGAGCACUGUCCAGAAUUGAAGGGUUUCACAUUCAAUCAUGCGAGCACAGAUAUGACAGGUGGACUAGAACCCCUUUUUAAUGAGAAGGUUUCGUUUCCCAGCUUGGAAAAUUUAUUCGUCAAAGGAUUGGAAUUGAGGAUCAUAUGGCACAACCAGCUUCCUGCAAAUUCUUACUGCAAACUAAAAUCAUUGCAUAUCGGGAGUUGUGACAAAUUAUCAACUAUUUUUUCAUCCGAUGUACCGAAGAGAUUAUGCGCAUCACUAGAACGGUUGCAUGUAUAUCGUUGUUGUGGUGUAGAACAGAUAUUCGAAAUUGGAGAAGUCAAGGUCGAUGGUGUAACACAUACCCAGUUAGGGCAUGUGCAUCUUUGUAAUCUACCAAGACUGAAGCAUGUGUGUACCAGGGAUCCUCGUGGUAUUCUUACUUUUCAAAAAUUGCAGUCUGUGAAAGCUCAUGGUUGUCCGAACCUCCAAAAUUUAUUUCAAACUUCAAUGGCUAUGGAACUUCAGCAACUUGAAAGGUUGGAGUUAGAGCGCUGCGGGAUAGAGGAAGUUGUAGCAUUCGGAGAGGGAGAUGAAGCAGUUCCCACUUUUGUGUUUCUUCGUUUAUCAAUUCUUUACCUACGAUUUUUACCAAGAAUCAGAUGUUUCUACCCACGGAAUCACGUAAAAGUGUGGCCUAUGUUAAAAAAAUUCCUUGCAGUUAAAUGCCAUGGAGUUAUACAAUCCAACAGGGAGAGCCUUGAGGAAUUACCAGUUGGACUGCCGCUUAUCUCCAUGGAGAAGAUGGAGGAGGAAAGGAAGGGAGAAGAAAGGAGAAGAGAAGGAAAUGAGGAAAAGACCUUGGGAGGGUAUCAAUGGUUUGGUAACGAUUUUGUUGAAGUUGGUCAUUAUCUGGUCCAUGAAUGGGUCGAUGGCGGCAAUGGUAGGAGUUGCUAGUGGUGUAGGAUUGUGAAAACUAGGGGCUGAGGAUGGAAGAAUGAGCCAUUGGAUUAGGAUUUUCUAAAUUGCAUUUGGAUCUAAAGAAAGAAGGGGCAAGAGAGGAAACCAAAUCUGGGUAGGAUUUCUCUUAUUUUUGCUUGGGUUCAUGGUGAGAUGUUUUUUUGGAGUAGGCAUUGCCGAUUUAUCAAGAAAAAGACCCAAUGUUC